CACAUGUGAUGACGACUUAGUAUCUGUGUUUGUUAGCCAAGAGAACGGUACUGCUAAUCGUUCAUCUAUUGUGUGUAGUAGCUAUAGCGGCGAGGCUGACACAACCGUCACUUUUUUUCAAAUUUACGGGAGACCCAGUUUGGAGUGGUGUAAGCUAGGAUUCUGUUUCUGUCGGCGUUCCCUUUGGACCGAAUUCCCUCUGUAGUAAAUGGGCGUGGUUUGCAGAGGUUGUUUUUAAUGAACAGGAGAUCCCUCAGACCAAUACCAGUGCCAAACCGCUUGUCAAAACGCAUGCGUAGUGAGCGUGUGGGGGAAAUUAAAUUUUCAAAGUAUAAGAAGUUGUAGCCGGACCAGCGUGGUCGCAGUAGCAACAGAACUUUGUAUCAAUAGGAACUGGUAUCGGACCAUGUGGAAAAUCAUGCAGGAGAAUUUGGAGGAUCUUACUAGCCCCAAUCUAUGGCGCUCCGUAGCCGCCGAGUUGGUGGGAACUAUGUUCCUGGUGUUUUUCGGGUGUGCCUCAGCCUUACCCCAGCAAUCUACCGGGGGGGUGUCGGGCACAGACUUAUUAGCGUUGCCCCCUUCCACCGUCCAGAUAGCCCUUACUUUCGGUUUAAUUGUUGGCACAAUGGUAUGGGCCAUCGGUCACAUUAGCGGGGGUCACAUCAACCCCGCGGUGACCAUCGGCGCCCUUGUCACCAGACGGGUCAGUAUUGUCCGUGGAAUUAUGUACAUCGUGGCCCAAAUCCUGGGAGGAUUGGUAGGUGCCGGGAUUCUGUACGGCCUCACCCCCAUGGACACCCAGGGGACCCUAGGAGUAAACGCCCUUAAGGGCGCGGUCACCGAUGCCCAGGGCUUUGGUGUGGAGCUUAUGAUUACAUUCGUUUUGGUUUUCACUGUGUUAGCUUCCAUUGACACAGAAAGGAACGAUUUGAACGGAUCUGCCCCCUUGACCAUUGGUCUUGCAGUGGUAGCUGGACAUUUGGUGGCCAUCCAGUACACCGGAUGUAGUUUGAACCCAGCCAGGAGCUUCGGUCCAGCAGUCGUAACCGGUAAAUGGGAAAACCACUGGGUUUUCUGGAUUGGACCCCUGGUUGGAGGAUUUUUAGCCGCCAUCUUGUAUGAAUACCUCUUUUCCGCCGGUGCUACCUUCUCCCGAACACGAAAGUUCUUGAUCAGAAGCCGCAAACCCAAGGAGAAGCCGGCGUCUGAUGAGAAGGUCGAGAUCAUCGAGAUCGAAAUGAAGAAAGAGGCAGAGCCAGAGGCGGAAGUAGACGUGGAGGCUGCGCAAGCGGAAGUGCAAGAUGAUGAGCCCCUCAUUGACGGUAAACCAGCUAGCGAGUAACUGAUCACAGAUCAAGCGCCCAAGAGCCAUAGAUCAGCUCAACAAAUGAUCUGAGUCAAGAAUACUCUUAGUUCCAGUCGAAGAAUACUCAUAAGAUGAUGAUGGUGAAGAGGAAGGUAUAUAUUUUUACAUACAUGUAAAUUAGGUGUUUGUGAAUGAUGGUUACAUUUUUAAAAACAUGGAGAAUAAUUUAAUAAUAUGUCAGCUUUUCUUGCCUGAUAUUUCCUAUUACUAAGAAGUUGAUUUAUAUAUAUGUAUAUUACAUCGGCAUAAGUUCAUGUCAAUUUCAAAAUCUUGGAUUCAAUAUAAGUUCUGUAUUUUAUAUCUAAACAGAAUUAAUGGAUAUGAGAUCUAUCGGGUGUUGAAUGUAUAAAGUAUUUUGAGAUGUUGUUGAACUAUUGUAAAAUAUGCAUUUUGUUCAAAUAUGUGUACUCUUAAUAAUGGGAACAUAUGAUAACUAAGCCAAUACGCCUGUCGAGCGGUUGGAACGGGAGCCACGUGUAAUAAGCAUGUCUCUGGUCGUUUAUACACGACAAUAAGCACACACACAAAAAUCACGUUUUAAUUUUAAAAGUGUUCUAAAUGGCAAAAAACUUUUGUUUUAUUAACCAAUUUUAUAUUCCUUUUAACUUUUAUUGCAUACAAUUUUAUGCGUUUCAUUUAAAUGACUGUUUAUGCUGAAGCUGAGGUGCUCACGAAAUUAUUGAUUUAAUUCUACUUGCAUCAAAUUCAAUCCAUUUUAUUAAUAAAAUUAUAAGCAAGAUAUCUAUGCAUGUUAUAAUAACGACGAGUGUGUCAUCUAAUUCUUUAUUAUUCUCAUUUUUAAAUGAAAGAUUAAUAUAAUUCCUAUAUCAUAAUCCCACAAUACAUUGUACAUCAAUAAGUAUUGAGCGACGUUGAUUUUCAAUGGUCGUUUUUAAUUACCAGCAUUAUUUCAUUACUUAUAUCUAUAAAUAUUUGUACACGUAUAUACAUUUUAUAUCCCUAUGUUUUAUGUCUUUUAGCUAUCUGGUGCCAAUUUAUUUCCUAUGUGCCUUUCGAAAGCUCACUCCGAUUGGCCAGUUCCUGUCUCAUUCGGAUUCAAUAAAGUUUAAGAAAAUUGUUACAUGAUUUGUCGCGUCAAAGCUCGCGUUCCCAUGGUAAUAUGUCCGUAAAGGAUUUUUACAAAAUGUUUCGAAUGGAAUAAAAACUGGCUUAUAUCUCGGAAGUGGGAUUUUGGAAAUGGACACUAGAUUUGUAUGUAUCUUGUAUGUAUGGUAUUACCUCAGUUUCAUGUUAAAUGGCCCAGGUGUGCCCUAGAACAUUUAGAUUUUGUAUUGUUUAUCAAAUUGCAUUAAGUGUAAAUUCAUGAUUCAUUAAAGAUUUAAUAGUCUGUAGU